UGCCGCGCCUGUGCGCUCGUAUUCUACGCUCGCGUUCCUCUUGCGCAACGAAAGAGGGUUCAACGGAGACAUUCCCAGAGGAAGGUGCCGGCCAGAGAGUGAACUCUUUUUCACGCGGGAUGUUGAGGCCGCGCGAGUGCGCAGUGGGAAGAGUAAGGCACUGACGCGACGAGACACGACGGAUGCGAUUUUCGUCACAAAGUGAGCCAGGACGGAGCGAGUCUGAGUAAACGGCCGUAUCGCGCUUCGGGGAGAAAUGACGAUCCGUCUCCAGGAGGUGGUGAGGUCGGAUGUGGAAGGCGGCUUGUCGGGACCAGCGAAUCCGAUACCAAACCAGUCGAUCGAUUGCGGCUGCGGACAGAUGCAGUGCCCGAAACUGGCGAAAUUCGCCACGCGGAAGCUCUUCGUGGGAUUAAUAUGCUGGGUCGGAGUGGUGCAAGCCGCGGCCCACGCCUAUUUCUAUGUGACAGGCUCCACGAUAGCCAGGAGGUUUCAGAUCAAUCCUUAUCUAAUGGACUGGAUCCUCGUCACGGCGGACUUGACGCCGUUUCUCCUCGGACUGAUCGUAGCGUACUGGGCCGACAGGAUGCACCGAACUUCGUGGAUCGGCGCUUUGACUCUGCUGGAAAGCGUCGCGUAUUUUGUUCUGAUAAUACCCCAUUUGGCGCAUCGUGUUCGCGUGGGCGAAGAAGCGCCAAACGCCACUCACAUGUCAUUAUACGCAGACGACAGUCCGGAGCUGUGUGCUUCCGGAAUAUCCAAGAUCAUCGUGAAGGAGGACGAGACCUGUUACUUCACCAUGAUCGUCCUCAUUGUAGUAUUGGUCAUAAGCGGGGCGGCGAAUAUCGCGUACUACGCCCUGGGCAUCUCCUAUCUGGACGACAAUACGAAGAAGAAGCACGUGAGCUCAUUCAUCGGCGUGAUCAUCGCCGUGCGCAUCAUCGGCGUCCUCCUCGGCUAUCUCUUGGGCUGGGGUUGUCUUCGGAUAGAUGCGGAAAAUCUCAACGUCGUGCGGUCAUAUCGGGAUCACAUCGGAGCGUGGUGGCUCGGCUUCCCGAUUCUCUCGAUAUUGUUGGUGGUGCCCGGCCUGUUGCUCGCAUGGUUCCCCAGAAGACUACCUUCAGAGGUUGUCGAGCAAGCAGCCGCCGCGCUGCUCGACCGGUCCGCUGUGUACAACCGAGCACCUCAUCGAGCGACCUAUCAGGCCGGUAGUCCUGAUUUUUGGCCGUCGCUCGCGAGGCUGAUCACCAACAGGAUUUACAUGUGCAACGUGCUGGCGACGGUACUCUGCGCCACUGCGCUGCUAAGUUUCAUGACGAGCGAGGACAUCUUCUUGGAGUCGAGAUUCCACAUAGCCAGGCCGACGGGGAUGCUCCUUGGGUUUAGCGACCCUCUGCAGUCCAGGCUGGUUAUCAAUACCUCGAAACCCGUCCUGAUUGGCCUGAUCGUAAUUAUCAGCGGCUUAGUGUUAGCCAAGGCAAAGCCGCGCGCGAGAUUUAUCGUUGGCUACGGUUUCGUCAUGGUGCUUCUCACCAUAAUAAUUAUGAUCCUGCUGAUCUUCGUCACCUGCGAAAAGCCGCCUAUCGUCGGGAUGGACCAAGGCUCGGACGGGCUGUUGAAAUAUUGCAACAAGAAUUGCCGAUGUUCGAGAGACGCCGAAUUCCGACCGGUAUGCGAAAGCCUGGGGACGUACACGUACUAUAAUCCUUGCUACGCCGGCUGCACCACGAUCAUUUACGUCGACAACGUAAAGAUCUACAGCGGCUGCAGCUGCGUGAAAUAUAUGACAGGGUGGGAUAAUGACCAAGCGAAAGAUGGGCCAUGCGACUCGUCGAGAUGUCAGGCCGGUUGGAUGCUUUUCCAGUUUGGAACUUGCGUGGCGUACGCGCUAGUCGCUUCUACGUUGGUCGGGGAUCUACUGAUCAAUAUGAGGUCCGUCUACAAACAAGACAAGGCAAUCAGCAUUGGUUUCUGGAUGGCGUGCGCCGCGAUCUUCGUCAACGUCCCCGGCAAGAUUCUCUAUGAGAUCGUGUCGUACCAGGCGUGUCAGUAUUGGGGCCAGCGGAGGAUAAUUUGCCAUCUGCACGACGGCGAAAACCUCGGGAGCUACCUGUGCUACCUGACGAUACUGUUUCUGUCACUAUGUCUCGUCCUCCGAGCUCUUGUCUGGCUUUUCUCUAAGAAUUUGCAGCUCUACGGGGAUGUCGAAAGUGAGGCCAAGAAAGGUGUCGAGAUACAAGAACUGGUGGAGCAAGCGAAGCCACCACUCGAGGAAGCAGAGGUACCGAUCAACGAUAAUGUAGAUGAUACGACGGCACAAGUGGAGGCGAUCGUCGAGCCGGAGUCGAUAUCGUCACCGGAGACAACGUUGCCGGAGGAGAAGCCGUCGCCCGAGGAAGAACACAGCCAGAAGAACGCACCUGUAAAGUUCGGCGAUCGUCGAGCGACGAAUUCGAAUAAUCCGGCAAAGAGCAAUUCGCAAGGAACGAUCCAAAAUCUCGACUCCGAGGACGAGCUGUACAGUUCGAGCGACGAGAGCAAGAAAGGAUCGAGCCCCCGAGUGGCAUACACGCCGCUGGAGCUCGACUCCGACAUCGAGAGCGACCUUAGCAGCACAGGACCUAGGUCGAGAAAGCGCGUCCCCAGCAAGGACUACGACCAGACGUCGUACAACGUCCCCGAGGAGGACAGCGCCUCGUCGUCCAAGAACUCGUCUAUAAAGCGCCGCUUCCCCAAUCCCGAUCACUACGAGGAUCCGCGUAGGACCAAGAACGCCAAGUUCCGAAAUCAGAAUGGCUACCAGGACGGCUCGUGCAAGACGAGCAGCUUCGAGUUCUCGGCGAAGGGUCAAGAGAGUGACGUGCUCAAUCAAGGGGACUUCAACGAAGUUGGCAUACCGAUAAUGGAUCCGUUUCCGGACGGUAAGGGCGACCUCGUCCCCGCCAACACGGACGCGCACUCGAAGGACGUGAAGUCGCUGAUCGAUCAAUACGAGCAGAACGCCAGUCAAGAGGCCAUAGACGAGGAUCAAUUGUCGGCCAAGUCGGCGGAGGUUACGAGGACUCGGCCGGAGAACAAGAUCGUGUCCGGCAUUCCUCUGGUGGCCAUGGUCCCUGCCAGGCAGUCGUCCCGACUACCAUCCCCCUCGGGCUCCGGCAGCUUGCCGGAUGCCCCGGACAAGGCUGCCGAUCAUCCUCGCGCGGAUACGAAACGCAUGACGUCGAGCCCGAAGAGCGCCGCCAAGGGAGAUAAACCCUCGUACUGCACCGAUCUCUGAAAUUGUGGUCGCGGCAAACUGCGCAUGACAAGUGACUGCUCGCGCUCACGUGAAUAUUUAUGGAGCGGGACGGGGGGGAGGGAGGGAGGGAGGGAGGGAGGGGAUUAGAGCGGCCCCAAUAGUGGAAAAUCAGGCGCUCAGGUGAUGAAUUUACAGCUACGGGAGAUAAGAGAUUCUGACGAGUCUCGAACAGUCAUCGUCGUCUUCGGCAUCGUCGUCGCCGGCUUUCGUUCCUCGAGAGAUAAGAGAUGUAUGACGGGCUGCAUGCGGCGGGUGUCUCUUCAAGUUAUCUCUGCUGGCCGUGAGUACUUCGAAAGCGACGCUCUCAUCGAUCGGUAAUCCUUCUGGUUUGUCCACGGCGAGCUGAAGAACGAGCAAAUGAACGCUUUGUUUAGUGAAAGAGAGAGGGACGCGUCUUCGCAAGCGCACACGUAUUCAAUUUUUCUUAAUAAUUGCUGCGUAAAUAACACGUGCGUGAUUUUGCACGGCCGAGGGUAUACGGGAUGUUUCCGGGGGUAGGGGUUGAUUUUCUGAACGGCUGAACGUGGGGCUUCCUCGACGGAAAGGUUGGCGCCCGCGGUGGCGAUACGCUAUUUUCGCAUCGAUCACAAAGUGUCUCGAUCUUAAGUGCAGUUGUCGCUCUAGUUGGCGCGUGAAUCCUGAUUUACAGGUGAUAUAUAUCCAUCUUACUACGCUACAACCAUCUCGAAGACUUGUUGUUACACACUGGAAAUAAAAUAUCCGCCGAGCUCCGCAGCCAUCGUGCGUGACACGAAGCAUGCGCGCAAUGACAUUCUUUGUAACGAUUGUCCUUUUGAUAAUUUAUUACACGAUUAAAAUCCAUAUCUCGUAUAAUUUUGUGGACUACUCUCUCUCUCUCUCUCUCUCUCUCUC